AUGUCUGCAGAGCUCCGUUUGUUUACGACGGGCUGGGAUUCAGUGACUACCCUAACAGAUGUCAGGUCGAUACAGCCAAGCUCUGUCGAGACCGAGCGAAAGGACUCAAGCUUCGAGAUGCAGGGCCGUUCAUUCAAGCGUGGCUUUGGGUCGGCCUACUUACCAAGGCCUUGGCAGAUCCAACGGGAAUCCCAGAUAAUAAAAUUCCAGGGACGCAUUCUGUCUACAGAGAACCUUCGCAUCGAUCUGAUCCGCAGGGCACAUGCCAGCAGGCCAGUAGACCAGCUCAUCACUUGCGUCACCAACGCAAUCUCGUUCGUCAACGAGGCCAUAGGACCCCUCAAUAGACAGCUUUCCGCUGCCACGACUCCCGAGGAACGGAGUGAGCUCAAACUGCGUUCCUAUCCUGGCGGGAAGGACGCACUGGGCCCCAAAAACACCAACAGCCGACUCGUUGACAGCAUGCUAGAAAGGUCGGGCUGGAACAGAAAGGUCAUGGACUCGAUGCCCAGGAGCCUCCAGCUCAGGUAUCACCUCUCCUUCUACGACGGAGCCAAGGUCAGCAUAUCGCCCCACACCCACACGCCAUCCGCAACUACCACCGCGCGCCACGUCAACCCGGGCUGCAAAUGCCGUUCGCUGGACAUAAGCAAGUACGGCUCCGCCACCCGCUUCGUCCAGGGGACAUUCCCCGUGUGCCGGUUUCGGGCAGAUAUGCCAAAUCCGACGAUCGAGACCGAGUACAUCACCCUGAGCCCCCAAGACCGAGCCCCGCUCGAGUACGUCGCGCUCCUCCACGUUCGGGACAUGGGGCUCCGCUGCGAACCUGACGCCCGGCUGCCAACAUGCCAGCUGGCGCGGCUCCAGACGUGGGUCGACAAGGCGCUGGGGCCGAAGCCCGACGGCCAGGGCGGCUUCUGGUGGCUGGAUACUGUGUGCGAGGCACGGUUUCCACAACAGCAGCCAACAGCGAUAGCAGCAGUCGAAGCCGGGAUGACAUCGCAGCGGUGGGACGUGUUCGCGGCGGCGCGGUUCGCGCUGGUGCUGGACCCGCAGCUGCUGGAGCGGUGGCCGGGCUCGUCGCUGGAGCGCGUGCUGCGCAUACGGUACUCAGCAUGGCGCACUGCGUGCGACGCGCUGGCACUCGGCUUUGCCUCCCAGCGGCGCCUGCUGUUCCAGUUCCGCGAGCGCGCGCUCUCGAAGCGCGGGUCAGUCGAGGCCUACAAGCGCGACGCGCACGGCGACGACCUCGAGCGCGCCGCACGUCUGGGCAUCCGCCUGCUCGCGCGCCCGCGCCUGCACUGGCACCUAACCAAACACUACGCGUCGGCGACGGCCGACAAGAGGGACCGUGACGCGUUCGCCGCCAUCCGGCUUCUGUGGCGCGACAUGGCCGCCUGGCAGGACCUCCGCGCGCAGCAGCCGCAGGUGCUCGCAGUCGGGGCCGAGAUCAAUAAUAAGAAUCUGAAGUGGAUGGUCAUGGCCACCGUCUUUGGCACGUCCGACUACCAGUUCUUUCUGGAUGGGGCCGUCGUCGAGAAGGCCCCGUUUGCGCUCGACCGGCUGAGGCGUGUCUACGGCGGGUUCGCGUCUGCCCCGUCCAUGUCUGCGGAACGUAUUGGGCGGCGGCUGGUGGAGAUUUCGAGAUGA